AUGAAUACCCUCGAACAACCAACAAUUGAAGAGGAGAUCACCUCAAUAUACAAGAAAACCUAUAAUCAAAGGGGCCUUAUCCGAUACCACAGAUAUUACAGAGAACCUGCAGACAAACCUGAUUUGAAAACAGACAAAAAAAUCGCUUCUAAUGAAGCAAAGCUAAACUACCUUGAAAAAAAACUGAAAAAUCUUCAGUUACUUCUUGAUGAACAAGCAGCAGGAUGGGAAAUCGUCUUUAUACAGACCCAAAAUGACCACGAUGAAGUCUGGAAGCAUGCGAGUCCCGGGCCAGACCUCGCAAAGAGACUACCUGAAUCUCACAAGCUAGAUUUGAUGAUCCAAGAUAACAACCGAACCAACCCUGUCUUAGGCAUAAGGUUCAUGUUAUAUCAGCUUCAGACUACGUUAGUGGGAUAUCAAGAACUGAAGUCGGGCAAGGAAUUCUGUCUGGAUGCUGAAGAUCGUUGGCUAGCCUUUGCGCGAUCGAAUAAUAGGGAUAAUCUGGAACUCAUGGAACGCUCUGCGAAGAAAGAAGCGGAAGCUGCCAAAGACCUAUUUCAAAUUCUUGAGCCAAAGAUCUAUUUUCUUGGUCUAACAUUGCGCCACUACGAAUCAGUCCUUGAGGGUUACGCAAAAUCUGCAAUGUUGUCGCCCUAUCGAGUGUGGUUGUGGGGAGAUACAUCUAAUCUAACUUCUAUUGAUGUGCUAGAAGGGAAAAUUGUUGCUGAGAACAAGAAUGAGCCAUUGAAGAAAGGACGCCUGUCAGUUCACAUACAAUCGAUCAUAGGGAUAAACGGGACAUUCAUUAGCAUCGAACCAUACAAUUUCUGGGAAAUGCCAACUGCCAGGUCUUCGAAAACAAUAUAUUACACAGAGUGGACAGGCAAGGAGAUUUCGCUCGAUUACGAAGAUGUCGAUACUAGAACCGAGAUUGAAUUGCUGAUUUAUGUGAGCGACAAUACUGACCUUAAGAUUCCAGUUGGUGCCCUCUGGCUUCGUGUCUCAGACAUUAUUCAUUCCAACAAUGCAGCCUCCCAUCAAGACGCCGGUUCAACCACAAUUGAUACAUGGUUCAAAAUUGCACCUGAAGGAAAAAUACACAUAAAACUUGUUUUUACAAUUCCUGUUGCUGCUUCUAAUCAAGCACUGACUGGUGCAAAUUUAGUCGAGCAUCUGGAACAGACUUUGGAAGAAAACGAUCGUCGCGUACUGGAGUACCAUCGUCUUGGAACGCUUUCAUUUCUUGUGCCGUGUCUAGAGACCACCGAAGAAGCAAAGCAACAUUAUCGUAUGAAACUGGACCCCAGUGAAAGCCAUCAGUUUGUGCCAUUUUUCAAUGUAUCAGCCAAUUGGUGCUGUCAUUGUGGGUUUUAUCUCUCUCAAGGACAGGGGAAUUGCGAGGGCGCCAAUAGACGAUGUGAAAAGUGCGGCUUGACAUGCCAUGCUCAAUGUCAAGCCUUGAUGCUACAUCCAAUGUCCUUGACUUGCAGGAUUUUAGCAAAUGCUCUAUGCAAGUCUUUAGCUACAAGUGUUACAUCCUUAGACUUGUUUAUGGACCAAGGACAUAAUAUACAUGCUACUGUUGCUUCUUUUAAUUAA